AUGGCACCCGCUAGUAUCGAAGUAGACAUCCCUGUCAAUGUUUCAGCAACCAAGGCGGCCUUUUCAACAAAGCCCCUGAGGCAGUCGGGAGCUCUAGAUGCUUUUGAAUCUUUUGACCCGACUCCCAUUAUUGGCCGCGAAUUUCCUACGGCCAACAUUGUGGACUGGCUCAAGGCCCCGAAUUCAGAUGAGCUGAUCCGUGAUCUCGCCAUCACAGAACGAGAUGAUCAGGGGGAUGAUCAUGUCGUCGGCUAUAUUCACCAAAAGCAGACGAAGCCUUCAUUCUUGAGAAACAAGGACCUAGCACCUGACGCACUCUGCCCUAAAAAGCAGAACACUUCGGAAUGGCAUAGCGACUGCUGUUUUGAGCCAGUCCCGGCUGACUACUCGUGCUUGCGUCUCACUACACUGCCUGCUACUGGCGGUGAUACUCUUUGGGCCAAUGGUUAUGACGAGCCUUACCAAAAGUUUCUGGAAACCCUCACCUGCACAUUUGAGCCACCUGGUCUGAAGCAAAUGUGUGAUGCUAUGGGAAUCAAGCUUUAUGCUAAAGAGCGUGGUAACCCCGAAAAUGUCGGGGAUGUUAUUAAAGCUGUACAUCCUGUCGUGAGGACCAACCCCGUCACGGGUUGGAAGAGCGUUUUUGCCAUCGGUGGCAUGGUCAAGCAUAUUAAUGGUGUGACGGCUGAGGAGAGCAAGAUGCUCAUCGAUUGGUUCCAUGAGUUGGUCUACAAGAACCAUACUAUGCAAGUGCGAUUCAAGUGGAAGGAUCCCAACGACUUCGCCAUCUGGGAUAACCGCAGUUUCUACCAUUCAGCCACUUACGACUUCUGGGAAAUGGGUGAUCGGCAUGGAUGCAGAGGAUCUGGAGUUGGCGAGAAGCCGUACCUUGACCCGAAGAGCAAGUCAAGAAGAGAGGAUCUUGCAGACCUCGGUGGAUACUAG